GUCAAAUGUUGAGAAGGUGCAAGGGAAGUUUUUCAGGAAUAUCGCCUUUAGUAACCAGUUCAGUUGAGCACCAGGAAUUCUGACCAAGCUGGAUUCAACUUUUAAGCACGCAUAAAAACUUGGUAACAAGGAAUAGUGUUUGAAGCCUUUACAUUAGGCUUGCCAGCCAAGGUUGGUUAGUCCAGUAGCAUAGUCUAUGAUGGGAAUCUGUGAUGGUGAUGCCGUGCUAUUGCUGGCUCCAGGCUUCCAACUCCUUUUAGAGCAAGUUCAUUCCUCCAAAAACAAUUGCCAUUAUCAACUAGUCAGCAUGGUCAAGAAAGUUUACUUGUAUGGAUUUCCCACCGUGGAGUCUCCAGAAGCGGUGACAAAAUUUCUGGAGGAGUAUACCGGAGAAGGAACUGUUCUCUCUGUGAAUGUUCUUCCUCCAAAAGAUGGCGCAUCAAGAUCAUCUGCCACAGUUCAAUUCACAACUGCAGAAUGUGCUGAAAUACUACUUCCAUUAGCCGAAAAAAAAGGCCUGUGGUAUGGAGAGUCUUAUCUGAAAGCUCGAGAAUGGAAGCGUGACAUGGCACCGAGAUCAGAAGUCUUGGAGGAACUUGUGACACUUCACUUUGGAUGCAAGAUAUCUGAGGAGAAGUUUUCGGUGCUUUGGACAAAAUCAGAUGUUUCUGUGACAUUUGGGAUGGAACGGAAAAAUGUGCACUUGUCUUUCUGCUAUGAUUGUGUUAAAUACAAGCUUGAGCUCCCAUCUGACACUAUUUGCCGGAUUGAGCUGCAUUGUCCACGUGAUCAGUUUACAAAGUUUCUUCUCAUCCAGUUACGUGGUGGCCCUCGGAUUUAUAAGAAGGAUGUAACUUCGGCUUCUGACAACCACUGGGUUCGAGAAGUUGAUUUCACUCCAUCAUGCUGCAUCGGGCAAUCCUCUUCUUUAUGUUUGGAGCUUCCCUUAAGGUGUGCACUUCCAGACCUAGGCAAGAUUUUCAUUCACUACAUAGAGAAUGAAGGACAGUUUGUGCUGAAGAGAGGUAACACUUUCUCCGGAAAUUCAGCUCUUGUCCCUAUUCUGGCUCCACCCAUAGGGAUUGACUUGCCAUACAAAAUCCUGUUCAAGAUAAAUUCAUUGGUUCAGCAUGGUUGUAUUCCUGGGCAAGCUCUUGAUGUCAAUUUUUAUAAUCUAGUGGAUCCUACUAGAACAAGAAUUGAAUAUAUAGAGUGCGCCCUGGACAAACUGUUCAACUCCAAGGAGUGCUGCUAUGAACCUGUAAGGUGGCUUCUUAAGCAGUACAACAAGUACAUGGCAUGCAAGCGGAUUCCUCACUCAGCAGCUAUAUCUUUAGAUGAAGGCUUUGUGCAUGUAUACAGGGUUCUUAUUACACCAACUAAAGUAUACUGCUGUGGUCCAGAGGUAAAUCUCUCCAAUCGUGUUCUACGAAAUUAUCCUGAAGAUAUCGACAAUUUUCUUCGGGUUUCUUUUGUUGAUGAGGACUUGGGGAAGAUGCGGUCUGUAGAUUUGUGUCCGCGGACAAGUUGUGCAGAAGAGGAAAGGAGAACUAGAGUUUAUGAAAGGAUACUUUCUACUCUAAGAGAUGGGAUAGUGAUUGGUGAUAAGAAGUUUGAGUUUCUAGCAUUUUCGUCGAGUCAGUUGCGAGAGAAUUCUGCAUGGAUGUUUGCUUCCAGAGAAGGCCUUACUGCACAAGAAAUUAGAGACUGGAUGGGUGAUUUUAGUCACAUUAAAAAUGUGGCUAAAUAUGCAGCCAGGCUUGGUCAGUCUUUCUGCUCUUCCAGGGAGACUUUUACUGUUGGAUCAGAUGAAAUUGAAGUCAUUCCUGAUGUAGAAAUUGAAAGAGGCGGAACCAAAUAUUGCUUCUCUGACGGAAUUGGGAAGAUAUCUGCUGAAUUUGCUGAAAGCGUGGCAAAAAAAUGUGGGAAAAGUUCUACUCCAUCUGCCUUUCAAAUCCGCUAUGGUGGCUACAAAGGUGUUGUGGCAGUCGAUCCAACAUUGUCAAAGAAGCUGUCAUUGAGAAAGAGCAUGUGGAAGUUCAAAUCACGCAACACAAAGUUAGAUGUCCUGGCAUGGAGCAAGUACCAGCCUUGUUUUCUCAAUCGUCAACUGAUCACCCUUUUGUCCACCCUUGGAGUUAAGGAUCAUAUUUUUGAGGAGAAGCAGAAACAAGCAAUGAAUCAGCUGGAAGGGAUUCUAACUGAUCCAUUGAAAGCACAGGAGGCACUGGAAUUGAUGUUCCAAGGAGAGGCAACCAACAUCUUAAAGGAAAUGCUGAUGUGUUAUAAGCCAAAUGCAGAGCCGUUUCUCUCAUUGAUGCUACAAUCAUUAUGUGCAUCAAAACUUGCAGAACUGCGAAACAGAACACGAAUUUUUGUUCCAAAUGGAAGAUCUCUGAUGGGAUGUCUAGAUGAAACCAGGAUAUUGGAAUAUGGUCAGGUAUUUGUGAAAUGUUCUCACCAUGCUAUCUUCACUGGCAACACAACCUCAACUGCAAGCCAAGACAAUUUUACUGUUGUGGGUAAAGUAGUUGUUGCUAAAAACCCGUGUUUACACCCUGGAGAUGUGCGUGUUCUUAUGGCGGUGGACGUGCCGGCGUUACGCCACAUGGUGGAUUGUGUUGUGUUCCCACAGGAAGGACAGAGGCCUCAUCCAGAUGAAUGCUCGGGCAGUGAUUUAGAUGGAGAUGUUUACUUUGUUAGCUGGGAUCGAGACCUGAUUCCCCUGCAGAAAACUCAACCGAUGAAAUAUACCUCAGCACCAACUGAGGAAUUGGAUCAUCAUGUUACAAUGGAGGAAGUUGAGGAGUCAUUUACCAACUACAUAGUAAAUGACAGUUUGGGCAUCAUUUCAAAUGCACAUCUUGUCUUUGCAGACAGAGAACCACAGAAGGCUAUGAGUGAUAAAUGUGUCAAACUCGCCAAGCUCCACUCCCAUGCUGUCGACUCUCCUAAAACUGGUGUAAUAGUGAAACUGCCGCCUAAAAUGCGUGUCCACAAAUACCCAGAUUUCAUGGAAAAGAUUGACAGGCCAACCUACGAGUCCAAGCGUGUGAUUGGGAAGCUUUUCCGACAGGUGAAAGAUAUCGAGCUAGGAUCACAUUCACACUCUUUUAAGUCCUUCACUAGGGAAGUGGCUUGUAGGCUUUAUGAUCCUGACAUGGAGGUAGAUGGAUUCGAAGAUUACAUCAAUGAUGCCAUUAGUUACAAAAGGGAGUAUGACUACAAGCUGGGAAACCUGAUGGACUAUUAUGGUAUCAAAACUGAAGCUGAAAUACUGAGUGGAAACAUCACCAAUGUAUCAAAGUUCUUCAACAAGAGAAAGGACUUAGAGUCGAUUAACUACGCUGUGAGGUCAUUGAAGAAUGAGGCAAGGGCACGGUUUAUCGAGGGGCCAAAUUGUGAUGAUCCAUCAGAUUUCGGUACUGAUAUCGGUAAUGUGUAUGCAGCAAAAGCAUCAGCAUGGUACCAUGUUACAUAUCAUCAUCGUUACUGGGGUUGCUACAACAAGGGUAUGGCAAGAGACCAUUUCCUGAGUUUUCCAUGGUGUGUUUUCGAAAUGCUUAUCCAGAUCAAGAGGCAUAACGCAAGUAAAGGAAGUCAUUAAGUCAUUACUGAAGAGCCAUUUGACUUGGCAACCGAACAACAUCAGUGUGUCUGUUUGGGAAUUGUAGAUUAAUCCUUAGCUGUUGUUUAUUUCCUUUAAUUUAAGAAUAAGAUUAGCAACACAUAUGUUGUAUUGAUUCUGAAUUACUGUUGAUGUUGUAUCAUCACUGAAGCGCCAUUUUACUUGGCAAAGGUGUCUGUUUGAAAAUUGAAAGACGUUCUUAGCU